AAUAUAACAACUUAAUUUCUUGAGUAUUCUUGAAAGAAAAAGAAAUAAAAAAGUUGUCAUCACUCAUCAAUAAUGUCUUUUUUGAGAUUUAUUGUUCCAAUUUUCUUCUUGAUUUCAAUUUUCGUAGCAUCGAAUGCUCAAUUAAGUUCUACAUUUUAUGCUACUACUUGCCCUAAUGUUACUGAAGUUGUACGUGGUGUCAUGGAACAAACUCAACGUACCGAUGUUCGUGCUGGUGCCAAAAUUAUUCGCCUUCAUUUUCACGAUUGCUUCGUUAAUGGUUGUGAUGGAUCUAUUUUGCUAGAUAAUGCAACUGGGAUUAUAAGUGAAAAAGAUGCAGCUGCAAAUGUUGGUGCUGGAGGAUUUGAAAUUGUGGAUGAUAUUAAAACUGCAUUGGAAAAUGUGUGCCCCGGUGUUGUAUCUUGUGCUGAUAUUUUAGCUCUUGCAUCUGAAAUCGGAGUUGCCUUGGUUGGAGGUCCAACAUGGCAAGUUCUUUUAGGGAGAAGAGAUAGCUUAACAGCAAAUAGAACUGGAGUUGAUAGUGAUAUCCCAAGCCCAGUUGAAAGUCUUGAUGUUAUGAGACCACAAUUCACCAACAAGGGAAUGGAUAUAACUGAUCUUGUUGCUCUAUCAGGUGCACAUACAUUUGGAAGAGCAAGAUGUAGGACAUUUCAACAAAGACUUUUCAACUUUAAUGGAAGUGGUAGCCCUGAUCCAACAAUAAACUCAACUUAUUUACCAACACUACAAGGAACUUGUCCACAAGGAAACGAUGGAAAUACUUUUGAAAAUCUUGAUAAAACAACUCCAGAUAAUUUUGAUAAUGACUAUUACAUAAAUCUUCAAAAUCAAGAAGGUCUACUUCAAACAGAUCAAGAAUUAUUUUCGACAUCGGGAUCCGAUACAAUCGCGAUAGUGAAUCGUUACGCGGGUAGUCAGACUCAAUUUUUCGAUGAUUUUGCUAGCUCGAUGAUUAAAUUGGGAAAUAUCGGUGCGUUAACGGGUACUAAUGGAGAGAUUAGGACUGAUUGUAAGAGGGUUAAUUAGUUAAUUAGGAGUGGUUUAUAAGUUAUAAUAUAUGCAUGAUAAAUUGUGUUUAUGUUUAUGUACCAAAAGAGAGAUACUAUAAUGUCUUGAUCAAGUGUAAUUUUGCUUUUGUUUAAAUGUAAUAUGUGCUAAAAUAGCAAUCCUAAAUAAAUAAGAAUGGUAUGCUAAAAAGCAA